AUGAGGGAAGAGGAUUCCAAUUGGUUUGCCAAAUGGGAAGAAGAACUGCCUUCACCUGAAGAACUGAUGCCUUUGUCCCAAUCCCUAAUAACCCCUGAUCUAGCACUUUUCUUUGAUAUUCGGAACCAUCACUACCAAAGCACUCCGCCUCAGCUGCCCCAAUCCACGGUUCUCUCCUCCCAACCCAACUCCUCAGCGGAAUUCGACUCGGCUGAGUUGGGCGGGGGAGGAGGGGAUGGAGGCGGGUUGGGCGCAGAUGAACCGGCACGCACCCUGAAGAGGCCGCGGCUCGUGUGGACUCCACAGCUCCAUAAAAGAUUUAUUAUCACUAGGCCAAGAAACGAAAGUGACAUGAAAAAUGCAGAAUUUCUAUGA